UGCAGCUCUCGUGGGCACGGGUUAAAAUACAAAUAGACGUAAGAUGCGUUUGGUAAAUUCUGAAGGACGGGCCUGCCGCGUUGGGCCCCGAGGGACCGCCGUCAUGUGUCCUGCCGCCUGCCCCUGGCGCCAGCACAUGGCCCGCUCCGGGCCCUCCACAGCGUCCAGCCCACGGUGCAGUCAGGUCCUCAGGAAGAUUCCCGAAGACGCUUCCUUUUCUUCCAACGCAUUAGAAGCUUUCUCCGGCGGUGCCAUGGGUGGGCACCGCGGAGCAGCUGCCUCGGCUCCCGCCGCCCCUGCCGCGGCACAGCACAGCCCCGGCCCGCAGCAGCCGGAUGGGCCCCCUCCCGUGGCCUGAGUCUCCAGGCGGUGCUGGGCCACUUGUGCUCCAGGAGGCCCGAGGAGACGCGGGGUGCUCCUUGCGAGAGCACGGCCUUCCGGCCACGGUCAGCAGGCAGCCAGCAGCCCCUUCCUCCGUCCGACUGCGCACGCGCUGCAGCCUGGGCACAGUCCUGGAGGGCCGGCGUGGACGCGUGUCCACUGUGCUCUGAUUUCAGGGAGCAGAAGGGACUGUGGGGAGAUGUGCACGCGUGUGCAUACGUGUGCACGCGUGUGCAGCCAAUGUGUUUAUGGGCACGCACAUGCACGGGCAACACGUGUGCAGGGCGCUGGAAAAAUUCAAAGCGGGGCAUGCAGCGGUCACAGCAAGUUCAGGGUAAGAGGCGGAGCGCAGCUCGGGAGGAAGAGCUUCGAAGGGGAGGCCGAGGCAGCGUGCGCAGAAGAUGGGACACGGGCCGGCGAGGACCUGGUCACACGGGAGGACGGGACCUGGGAGGAGGGAGCGGCCCGGGGGGCGGGGAGCUCUGGCCCUGGACCAGCACUGGCACCUCUGGUGUGCCCGAGGGGCCCUGGCCAGUCCUGCACGCACGGCCCCGGCACACGCACGGGCACCUCGAGCACGUGUCAGCCUCCCGUGCUCACCGACACUCGCGGUCCAGGACGCCGCACGCGCAGAACCGGGAGGACGAAAACACGCCGGGGACAUGGGCUUGUCCAGAGCAGCGGAGAGCUGAGCCCCGGGGACGCGGCUGCUCCCAUCCACUGCUCACCCGCCGCCGAGGUGCAGAAAUGGGUCCCAGGUGUGCGCUCACUGCACCCAUGUGCCCGCUGGUGCAGGAACCACCAGGCGUCCCACCCCGGAAACGCUGCCACACGGGAGGAGCAACAACAGGCUCACGAUGACCCGCGGCUACGCCGUUCACAGGAGGGAGAUGCAGAGAAAUGAAACCUGAUGAGCCGCGGACGUCUACCUCCAACGCCAACAACCUCAGAAAAGUCACCACGUCGGGCCGUGAAGUUUCUGAGAAGCAGGGGA